AUGGCAUAUGGCAGCCUCACGGUGUCCAUCACCAUCAUGAGCAUGUUCUGGGCAGUGGUUGGCAGUGUCCUGCCAUGGUUUGUGCCCAAGGGGCCUAACUGGAGUGUUAUCAACACAAUGUUGGUGACAUGUGCUGUCUACUGCUACCUCUUCCGGCUGAUUGUAAUCCUGGCUCAACUGAACCCUCUCUUCGGACCACAGUUAAAAAGUGAAGUAAUUUGAUAUCUAAAGUACCAUUGGCCCUUAACUGAUGUGCUCUUCUACUGCAGUUUGUGAACUGGGAUAUGAAGAUAUUUUCUCUAUGUAAAGCCCCAUCGAUCCAAAGAUGCCUUCUAAUGCACUUUGAAUCUGACCGUGUCUGCUCAGUGCCUUACUGUUUGUUCUAUUACAAGAAAUGUUUGCCUAAUCUUGUUGCUUUUUCACUUUUGAAAGUGCCUAAUAGAUAUCUGUAUCUCUACUGAGUACAACAUUGUGCUUGAAUUUCAAGUAUUAUAAAUAAUAUUCCACCCCUCUUCUUUGCACUGACAGUGGCUAGAUGGAAUUGAGAAUUGCCUCUGAGCAUUUAUGUGCUCUUUCAGUUACUUGGGUGCAAGGCAUUUAGGGCCUUGAAUUACUAAUACCUUGAAUUGGGCCCAGUAGCUCACUGGCAGCCCGUGUAGCCCUCUAAGGACCAGUGACACAUGGUCCUAUUUGGCUGCCCCACUUACUCACCUAGCAGUCGCAUUCUGCACUAGUUGCAG